GGUCAUUUUAGUUUUUGAGUGCUAUUUUUGUGAUAUAAACUUAGAAAUAUGCUAUUUUGGAGAUUUGACCAUUAUUAAAUCAAAGAAAACAUAUUACAGCAACGAAACUCGAAAUAAAUUGUAAUUCUCCUUUCAAACAUCUAAUUCUGAGAAUACGGACAGGUUUAUAAAUACUAAAUUGGAAUCUAAGUGAACCUUUGGGACGUAAGACGAGGCUUAACUCUUGUUUAAGCAUGCUCGCGGCGAAAGUGAAUAUUCCAUAUUAUUAUUAUAAGACACAACUAGUAUAAUUGUAAUCAGUCUCACAUAAGACAAAUUUUGGGUCAUUAAUUAGCGUUAAGAACUAUACUAAUAUAGUAUAACUAUUAAACUAUAUUAUAUGCGUUAAAUGAAUCCCACUUAUGGCCUUUUAGAAUCUCCAUUGGCUCUUGCUAAAACUUUCGUAUCUCUAUAUAAACCAAUCCUUCUCCUUUUGUUCCAUAAACACAAACCCAUAAGCAAAAUAAUAAUAAUACAAAAUGGCUAAUGGUUUGGGUGAACCGGGAAGCUCAAUGCACGGAGUCACCGGACGAGAACAAAGCUAUGCAUUCUCGGUCCAGUCUCCUGUGGUUCCUUCGGACACAUCAGCAACGUUUUCUCUUCCCGUGGAUACCGAACACAAAGCCAAAGUCUUCAAACUCCUCUCAUUUGCAGCUCCACACAUGAGAACUUUCCAUCUUGCAUGGAUCUCAUUCUUCACUUGCUUCAUUUCCACUUUUGCUGCUGCUCCUCUUGUCCCCAUUAUUCGAGAUAACCUUAAUCUCACCAGACAAGAUGUAGGAAACGCCGGUGUUGCCUCUGUCUCCGGAAGUAUCUUCUCUAGGCUUGUUAUGGGAGCCGUUUGCGAUCUCCUUGGGCCACGUUAUGGAUGCGCUUUCCUCGUCAUGCUCUCGGCUCCAACUGUCUUCUCAAUGUCUUUCGUUGCUGAUGCCGGCGGGUACAUAGCGGUAAGAUUCAUGAUCGGGUUCUGCCUUGCGACCUUCGUGUCAUGCCAAUAUUGGAUGAGCACGAUGUUCAACGGUCAGAUCAUAGGUUUAGUGAACGGGACAGCGGCCGGGUGGGGGAAUAUGGGCGGUGGAGUCACGCAGCUGCUCAUGCCGCUGGUCUAUGAGAUCAUCCGACGGUUAGGGUCCACGUCCUUCACAGCGUGGAGGAUGGCUUUCUUCGUCCCCGGGUGGAUGCACAUCAUUAUGGGGAUCUUGGUCUUGACUCUAGGACAAGAUCUCCCUGAUGGUAAUAGAAGCACACUUGAGAAGAAAGGUGCUGUCACUAAAGACAAGUUCUCAAAGGUUUUAUGGUACGCGAUCACAAACUAUAGGACAUGGGUCUUCGUGCUACUAUAUGGAUAUUCUAUGGGAGUAGAGCUCACAACCGAUAACGUCAUCGCCGAGUACUUUUUUGACAGGUUCCAUCUCAAGCUUCACACGGCCGGUAUAAUCGCAGCAAGCUUUGGUAUGGCUAAUUUCUUUGCACGUCCUAUUGGUGGAUGGGCCUCAGACAUUUCGGCUAGAUACUUUGGCAUGAGAGGCCGUCUCUGGACCCUAUGGAUCAUUCAAACCCUAGGCGGUUGCUUCUGCGUAUUGCUAGGCCGAGCCACGACGCUCCCAACGGCGGUUUUCUCUAUGAUCCUCUUCUCUCUCGGCGCUCAAGCCGCUUGUGGAGCCACUUUCGCCAUCAUACCUUUCAUCUCACGCCGCUCCUUAGGCAUCAUCUCUGGUUUAACUGGAGCUGGAGGAAACUUCGGCUCUGGGUUGACCCAGCUCGUGUUCUUCUCGACCUCGACGUUCACCACUGAACAAGGGCUGACGUGGAUGGGGGUGAUGAUUAUGGCAUGUACAUUACCUGUCACUUUAGUGCAUUUCCCGCAAUGGGGGAGCAUGUUUUUGUCUUCCACGGGAGAUGAAGUGAAGUCAACGGAGGAAUAUUAUUACUUGAAAGAGUGGACGGAAACGGAGAAGCAAAAGGGAAUGCAUGAAGGAAGUUUAAAGUUCGCCGUCAAUAGUAGGUCGGAGCGUGGACGGCUUGUGGCUCCUGGACCUGAUCGUACCCCGGAACACGUUUGAGAGUUAUUUUGUAUUUUAAAUGUGUUAUCAAUUGCUAUUGCUUCGGAUGUGUAAGUACUUGCUCGAUAUGUUUACUUUUUAUAAGAGGAACAUGCUACUCUUUCUGUAAUUCGUUAACAAGUUAAAUUGUUUUAAAUUUUAUUAUUUGUUUCAGUCGUAUCUCUUUAAUAAAUUUAUUUGCUCAUGUAGCCAAAAUACCCCAUAGCGUUAUUAGAUAUUCCAUAAAAAGGAAUUGAAUCUGAGUAUUGGAAUGUGAGUUUUUAAUGGAUUUGUUGAAUUCAAUUCAAGGCAAGCAGAUUUCACUGUAAUUGAUUGUGAUGUUUAUUACUGAUUACAGUGUAAUUUCUUAUUUUUAAAACUACCGAAAUUUCAAAAAAAAAAAAAAAAUUUGGAGGACUUUUUUAUUAAGAUUUUGGAAUAUGAAGUUAUGACACAUGAGAAAGUCUUUCGAAACCGUCAUCCACACGUUCUGAUUGGGUUAGCGUACACGACUUCCCGGCGCCAGAGUUAGGAACGGAGGUCACAUGUGACGCUAACGAUUCCACUGCUGAGACGAGCGCAAAGGAGCUUCAAGUUGCUGAUGGCGAGCGUGGAGAAAUGGAACUCAUUUGUAGCUUCACCUAAGUGGCAGAAGAAGCAGAGCAAGACUGAAACUGAAAAUAGAAAUGGGAAAACGACAUAUUAGUAUUGAGGACAUAGAUGUAGAUAUGGAAAGAACUCUAAUGUAAAUAAGAUUAACUUAGAUUAGCAUCCUAAGCUAUCUAUAUAUUGUAACUAGGUGGUAACUCACGGCCUGAGUGAAUUGACUAAAAGAGAUUAUAACUUUUAAUCUAUAGACACUAAAAAGUUAAAAGCCAUGGUCACAAAUUUUAAAUGUUAUAUAAUGAAAUAUUGAACGAAAUUGUACAUAUUUAUAUAAGGUAAGCUUCGAUUUUUCAAAAAACUUGUUUUAUUGGUUAGAUGUAGUUGAAGUAUAGUUCGUGAAAGCAAAUCUAUGAGAGUAAACAAAAACUUAUAUAAAAUUAGUUAUGAAUUUAAGAUAAAACGAAACAUAGGCAAUAGAAUUAUUGCUUUCAUAAUAUAAAUUAUGAAUAUUAGAUAAAAUAAAACAUAGGCUAUAGAAUAAUAUAAUAUGAAAGGAACAAAUUAUAAAGAAAAAAAUUAUAGGCCACAAGAAUUGAGUCAAUCAAAUAUAUUAUAUCGUGAGACUAAUGGCAAAUAAAUCUCUACAAUUUCGUGUAUAAUUUUAAUUGGUCAUGAAAGUUGUGUACGAAUUAGUAGUAACUUUCCUAUAUUAACCGAAACCAUAUUGCAUUAUGUCGAUUGUGUAUAUCAGUUUACUAUAUUUUAUAUGUUGCAUAAAUUACGGUCAAAUGUAAAAUUUGAAAAGGAAUCCUCUAUAUAUUAAUUG